CUUACACUCCUAAGUGGCUAGGGUGAAAUUUCAGCCAAUCAGAUUGCUCCUACCGCCAUACGGUUGUAUUCUUGUUUGUUAUUAUUAUUAGUAACACAGUGCAUAACGUAAAGCUCGGAACUCUAGGACUAGACUCGCGAUUCGCGACUUUGACAGUUCAGCCAGUACAGCACUAGUGAGCAAGUUUACACCACUAGAGCUAAUUAAAAUAAUAAUAAUAAACCUAAAACGAUGAACGACGAGCUACCACGACGAGGCUCUGCACAGGGUACUAAGUUGCAUUAACAUUAGUAGUCAGUUGUCAGCUUACGUUACUUGACGUAAAUUAAAGACCGGCCUGUGAGGCUGCGAUGCGCUUCAUUAAUUUUAAUAAUUCCCUUCUACGCUCGCGUGUCGCGACGUUUGUUAAAUUAAUAACGAACGGAGGACGUGAAUUUAUUUAUCUGCAAUCAUGAGAGAUGGAUUUUAUUAAAAAAGUAAAAAUAAAAGCUCGGUCAUGGUCAUUAAAGAAUUAUCAAGGCGGACGUAGGUGGAAACAGCAGGAAGUCAUCCAAUUACGAUUAAACAAGCUCCGUAAAGAUCACGAUCUGAGAUUUCGCGUAUCAUAGUCACGGCAGGUUCUCUAUUGACCCCCUGCCAAGUGACAAAGACCGUACACGCCGAUAUCUGAUCGUGAAAAAAAAUGGCAAGCAGUACGGAGGAUUAUGGCUCGGAGCUGCAGGAACUACAGUGGGACGGUGGCGGCAUAGCCAGUAUCGGGGGUGGAGGAGGAGGAUCAUCAACGCAUUUUUUACGGAGCAGCACUAAUUUAUUGCGAAAUACUGGAGGUAGUAGUACAGUCGGUUGCUACGAAGCCGAAGACUUGGAUCCAAUAAGUGGUGGUGGUGGUGUUGGUGCCAGUAUAAGUAGUAGUAAUAGUAGUAGACACAUCGGACACAACAGAGGUUACUACAGUCCUCCAGGUACCAGUUACACUAUUGUAGAAAGACCGCCAAGUGCACCCCAUCAUCAUUCAUCUCACACAACGCCUUAUCGACAUCAUCGGGGUCAUACUACUAAUUCCAGCGGCGCUAUAUCACCUGAACAAGUUUUACGAAUUUUCAACAAUGGAGUCGCUGAAAGAAGACAAAAUGAACGCAGAACACCCGCGUCAAGUCCAGCAAGUGUUUCGGCAUUACGUGGUGCUAAUUCAACACUUCCGUCAUCAUCCUCAGCUAUUCCGGGAGGACAAAUAGCUCCAACAAGUCCAACAUCACAAUCCUCAGUUCCACAAGCUUUAAGUCUUCAAGAGCUUACUGUUAGGACUAUAACAAUGACUCGUGAUCCGCCAGAUUCACAUCACGGAUUCGGUAUUUGUGUCAAGGGUGGUAAAGAUGCAGAAGCGCAGUCAGGUGUAGGAGUUUAUAUUUCAAGGGUAGAAGAAGGCUCUGUUGCUGAAAGGGCUGGAUUGAGACCAGGCGAUACUAUUUUGGAAGUCAAUGGGACACCUUUUCGUGCUGUUACACAUGAAGAAGCACUUAAGAUGUUAAAGUCAUGCAGAACACUGAGUAUGACGGUACGUGGACCGGCAUUGGAUCCGCGAUGUCGGGGAGGUCAUCCGAUAUGGACAACUGGAUCGGGAAGACAACAAUCUUGUUCGUGGAUGGAUCGUCAGGGUCGUCCAGCGUCACCGCCGCCUUUGCAUCCGCAUGACUCACGAUAUGGAUCGCGAACUCGCAAAGUUGAACUUUGCAUUGAACCCGGACAAUCAUUGGGUCUAAUGAUUCGUGGGGGAUUAGAAUAUGGUUUAGGAAUUUAUGUUACUGGUGUGGAUAAAGAUAGUGUUGCUGAUCGUGCUGGUCUUUUGGUAGGUGAUCAAAUAAUACAAGUAAAUGGUACAAGUUUUGAAGAAGCAACACAUGAUGAAGCUGUAGAAAUACUCAAAACAAAUAAACGUAUGAGCUUAAUAAUAAGAGACGUCGGUAAAGUACCACAUUCAUGUACAACAAGUAGACCAAUAGUUGUACCAAGGUAUCCAAACACUGAUCAUGAUCCGCAAUCUAUUUUAUCAAGUCCUGGAAAUAAUAAUCCACCUAGUCCAACAAAUACAAAUGAAUGGAGGCAUCGUGGAGUGCACACACUAUCAUCAGCAACAGCCUCAAUGGUAGAAGAAAAAGCACGUGUCGUUUUAGCGCGAAGUGAACGUGUUGCAUUAACUCAAUUAAUUGGUGAUUAUAGAACUCGAAGAUUAAAUAUUCAAGAUCUUGUUGCUAAUCUUGCUGAUUUACUCAAUACGCAAGAAAAAUUAACGCUAUUAACAGAAUUACGUGAAGUUAUUGACAGUAAAGAUCGAGCAAUAUUUGAUGAGCUCGUUUAUCGGCCAAGAGCUUCUUCUUCAGCCAGACGACAGAAAGGCGACAGAGCACAUUCAGAUCUUAUUGUGACACCUUCGAUACAUGAUUUACCGAGGGGUGUUCAAAGCAGUUCAUCCUGUCGUCCAGGACGGCUGAUGGAUUUGGAGGGAGAUCCAUUGGGUGUCACUGGUCCACUACCACCUCGAGAUAAUCAGGAACACAGAUCCCCGAGUGAGGACAGCGGUCUUGGUUCUGACAUGCCUCGUACGAGGGCUGGAUGCAGACGUACACAACAUCAAGUCGCCACAUCUGACCUUACACUCUCUAAUGACGACGAGUACGACAAUCAGGAUUAUGAUGAUGAAAUUGAUAACGAUAGAGGUCGAAGGCAUAGUUCACCCGGAGGAUCGAGAAGUAAUCAACGAGACUAUUCUUCUCAUCAUAAUUUGUAUCCAGAUAAUUUGGAAAACGACGGCGUUUGCGAGAGUAGCGACGUCGAGAUGAUCGGUAAUGGUCGUCGCGACCGCGAUACUGAGGAUGAGGAAGAAGGAAGGGAAGAAAGGAGCUCGGAGGGUGGAAGUGUAGGAGGUUUCGGUGGUUGGAGAUCACACCUUCUUGGUGGUCUUACCCAACGUGUCAAGUCCUGGUAUUGGGGCGCCAGACCCCUAGAGCUUGCGCACAAAUUGUCUCGAAGUUUUGAUAUGCAAGAAGCGCAAUUGCUGGAAGAAGGGGCCACUAAAUCGGGUGGGACCACCGGUAAUCAAGGUGGGAAUGGACCACCAAGACGUCAUCACAGCGCACAAAGAUUAACUCGCAAUGAUAUUGGGGAGAGACUUCAAAAAGAUGGUGCUCUUGUUGUACCAGAUCAUCAGGGUAAUUUACGUAUUACUGUUAAAAAAACUAAGUCAAUACUAGGUAUUGCUAUUGAAGGCGGUGCUAAUACUAAACAUCCAUUACCACGUAUUAUUAAUAUACAUGAUAAUGGAGCUGCUUUUGAAGCUGGUGGUCUUGAAGUUGGACAAUUGAUACUUGAAGUUGAUGGCAAUAAAGUUGAAGGACUACAUCAUCAAGAAGUAGCACGACUUAUCGCCGAAUCAUUUGCAAGACGUGACCGAAAUGAAAUAGAGUUCCUGGUGGUUGAGGCUAAAAAAAGUAAUUUAGAACCAAAGCCCACGGCUUUAAUAUUCUUGGAAGCGUAGCAAGAAUCUCCCACCUCUGAGCCGGAACCACCGUAAUAUAAUUCCAAAAUUAUUAAUAAUUAUUAAUAGUUCUAUCAGAGAUAUUAUUAUUAUUAUUAUGUUAGUUUUAAUAUUUAAUGAUGACCUCAAAGGAGCUGAGACCUGAUAUUAAUAAUCACAUUAAUUUUUUUAUAUUAUAAAAUAUUUAUUUAUAAAAUCUAGUUUCCAAGACCGGCUUACGAGGGUGGGAUAAUUACUAAAUACUAAAUAAAUAUCUGUAAAUUUAAAUUUGGCUUAGGCCUGAUUAAAUAAAUAAAUUUAUUUAUUUAUUUAUUUAUUUAUUGACUUUCGAAGCAAUGAGGCGACUGAUAUCAAACAUAUAUAAAUGAUAUUAAACAUAAAUGUAAACUUAAAAUCGGGCUUUUAUAAUUAAAUGAAAUAAUAUAUUAUAUAUAAUAAUAAUAUUAAUAAUAAUAAUAAUAAUAAGAAGAAGAAGAAGAAGAAUAUUAACAAAAGCCAUUUAAUGAAAUAAAAAUAAUAGGUCGCCAAUUGUGCCAAACUACUUCCAAGGACCUCAAUAAAAUUUAUAUAAAAAACAA